GUAGUACAAACGUUGUCAGUUGUCACCCACUACGCGCCAGCGCUAGAGAGGGGAAUGAAGUCUCAAAGUCAGCAUUUUGACCCCCAAGAAACACAACGGGAUCAUGAAAUUCAGAUCUAGGCCAAUACCCAUUUCAAAUCUUGCCCUGAUUUGAGCUCCAAUGGAGAAAUGCUUGCUCUUCCUGGUUGUAUUGGUACUGGGUCUGGGUCCGAUUACCGGUGGGUGGGGCCAAUCAGAGAGGGUCCAAGAAGCUCCAUGGAGGAUCCACACCCUUUUCUCAGUGGAGUGCCAGAACUACUUCGAUUGGCAGACUGUCGGGCUCAUGCACAGCUUCAAGAAGGCCCGGCAACCCGGCCCGAUUACCCGACUUUUGAGCUGUACGGAGGAGGAGAAGAGGAGUUAUAGGGGCAUGGAAUUGGCUCCCACUCUUGAGGUUCCUUCCAUGAGCAGACACCCUAGAACUGGUGAUUGGUAUCCAGCAAUCAACAAACCCGCUGGGAUUGUCCACUGGCUAAACCAUAGUAAAGAUGCUCAAAAUGUUGACUGGGUUGUGAUACUAGAUGCAGACAUGAUCAUCCGGGGCCCAAUCAUACCAUGGGAGCUUGGUGCAGAGAAAGGCAGACCAGUUGCUGCCUAUUAUGGGUACUUGAUUGGUUGUGAUAACAUUCUUGCUCAACUGCAUACAAAGCACCCAGAAAUCUGUGACAAGGUUGGUGGUCUACUCGCCAUGCAUAUAGAUGAUGUUCGAGCUUUGGCACCUAUGUGGCUUUCUAAAACUGAAGAAGUGAGAGAAGAUAGAGCUCAUUGGAUGACCAAUAUAACUGGUGACAUUUAUUCAAAGGGGUGGAUCAGUGAGAUGUAUGGAUACUCAUUUGGUGCUGCAGAGGUGGGACUUCGUCACAAAAUCAAUGAUAAUUUGAUGAUCUACCCAGGCUAUAUUCCUCGAGAGGAUGUUGAGCCUAUUCUUAUGCAUUAUGGCUUGCCAUUUCGCAUUGGAAAUUGGUCAUUCAGUAAAUUGGAUCACCAUGAAGAUGACGUUGUCUAUGAUUGUGGCAGGCUUUUCCCAGAACCUCCUUAUCCUAGAGAGAUAAAAGCAAUGGAAGAUGAUCCAAAUAGACAGAGAGCACUUUUCUUAAAUAUAGAAUGUAUUAACACUUUGAAUGAGGGUCUUUUGUUACAACAUGCCACACGUGGCUGCCCAAAGCCAAAGUGGUCAAAAUACUUGAGCCUCUUAAGGAGCAAAACUUUUUCUGACCUAACUCGGCCUAAAUUUCCAACUCCGGAUACCUUGCGAACCAUGGAGGAUGAGUUGCAACAACAGGUCUCUGAUGAACCCGGGAAGCCCCAUCCGAAAAUCCACACUGUUUUUUCCACAGAGUGUACUCCUUACUUUGAUUGGCAAACUGUGGGACUCAUUCACAGCUUCCAUACGAGUGGCCAACCUGGGAAUAUCACGAGGCUUCUCAGUUGUACAGAUGAGGACCUAAAGAAUUAUAAGGGCCAUGAUCUGGCUCCCACCCACUAUGUUCCAUCCAUGAGUCGACAUCCGUUAACAGGCGAUUGGUAUCCUGCAAUCAAUAAACCUGCUGCAGUCCUGCAUUGGCUCAAUCAUGCAAAUGUUGAUGCAGAGUUCAUUGUAAUUCUGGAUGCUGACAUGAUCAUGAGAGGACCAAUCACACCAUGGGAGUUCAAUGCUGCACUUGGCCGCCCGGUUUCCACUCCCUAUGACUAUCUGAUUGGCUGUCAUAAUGAGCUUGCAAAACUCCAUACGCGCAAUCCUGAAGCUUGUGAUAAGGUCGGUGGUGUGAUCAUUAUGCACAUAGAUGAUCUCCGGAAGUUUGCUCUACUAUGGCUGCAUAAAACCGAGGAGGUCAGAGCUGAUACAGCUCAUUAUGCCAAAAAUAUUACAGGAGAUAUAUAUGAAUCUGGAUGGAUUAGCGAGAUGUAUGGUUAUUCGUUUGGCGCAGCAGAGUUGAAUUUGCGGCAUAUCAUAAACGGUGAGAUAUUAAUAUACCCGGGAUAUGUUCCUCAGCCUGGCGUUAAGUACAGAGUUUUCCACUACGGUUUGGAAUUUAGGGUUGGAAAUUGGAGCUUUGAUAAAGCAAACUGGAGGACUGUAGACAUAGUCAAUAAAUGCUGGUCAAAGUUUCCUGAUCCACCCGAUCCUUCAAUGCUCGAUCGCACUGAUGAGAACACAAUACAGAGGGACUUGCUUAGCAUAGAAUGUGCGAAGACACUGAAUGAAGCGCUGCUUUUACACCAUGAGAGGAGGAAAUGUUCUGAUCCCACUUCCUUAUCAACCUCAAAUCAGGUGACUUCCGGUGAAGUUACACUGUCGAGAAAAUUUGGCAAGAUGGAUACAGUUCAUGUUGUAAGGAGUGACACUGUUUUGAAGAAUGACUCCAUAGAUUCAUCGAACAACUCUAUAGAAUCAUCAGAUGACUCUAUUGAAUCAUUGAUGGACUCUAAAGAAUCACUGGACGACUCUAAUGAAUCAUCAAAGGACUCUAAAGAAUCAUUGGACGACUCUAAAGAAUCAUUGGACGACUCUAAAGAAUCAUCCGAAGACUCUCAAAAACCAUCGAACGACUCUAAAGAAUCAUCAAACGACUCUAAAAUAUCAUCAUUAUCUGCUGUGACAAAUCAGACAUUUAGCUCUUUCAGAUUUUGGAUAGUUUAUCUGUGGAUUUUUGGAAUCUUGGGUUUCUUGGCAGUGAUGUACACGAUGCUUUCAGGACGUAGAGGGCACAGAAAAAGAGGUAAAAAUUACAAGCAUAAUAGAAGACCGUCGUAUUCAGGAUACGUCGAUACGAAUGGACAUGAUAGACAUCUUCGCAAUGCUGAAUCGUCGUAGAAACGUCUUAAUUUUGUCACAACAUGGAAAAUACAAAUAUGUUUUCUAGAUGGAGCAUGCCAGAACCAGCUAGGGUUCCCAAAGGAUACAAAGGUAAUUUCGAAACCGGUUGGAACUUGGAAUUUCUGCUGCUUCUCCAAGGGAAGAAAACCGUCGCACUGUAGUGUCAGUUCUUGUUCGGAGAUUAUUUGACAUUCAAGUUCCUGCUCCAAAAAUAUCUUUCCGAUGGGUUCUAAAGAAGAACCGCCUGGAAGUCUGAGGACCUUUAAUUCCAAUACAGUCGCUUCCCAAAUUUUUGCUUUAUGUAACAUUAGAUCAAGUUCAGUUUUGAUGCCAUAGACUUUCACAGUUUAUUACUGUAUGAUGAUAGAGCUUCACAACAAAAGUUCACUAGAACACGAAUAAUAAAGCAUCGAAGUUUUGAACUUU